AAAACAGCGAUUGGAGAGAGAAAACUAUUGGACAGCGAAGGGGUCUUACAAUACAUUCAUUUGGUUUCGUUGAAGCAUUUGAUUCCACAAACAAACUACUGUAUGAAACACAACAAAUGCCAUACAUUAUAAUGAAUUGAUAACAAUUGUAGGUUAUAUUGUGGGCGACGGCGAGCACUGGUCAAAACCGUAUGAAUUUGUAUCGGUUCCAAACGAUCAUCAGUGGACACCCAGUAUUGCACUCGUGGGUGAUAUGGGUGUAGACAACGGUCGCGCUAUCCCUAGUUUGAUCAAGAAUUCACAAAACGGCAAAUUUGAUGCCGUUAUUCAUAUCGGUGAUAUUGGCUAUAAUUUAUAUGCCUAUAAUGGCAGAAUAGGGGAUGCGUUUAUGAAUGCGAUCCAACCAUUUGCAGCAAUCGUUCCCUAUAUGGUUAUCCCGGGGAACCAUGAAUACACUUGUUAUGACGAUAAAUGUCCCGGUGAUAAUGGUAUGAGUUAUGAAACUCGGUUUAAAAUGCCACAAAACACGAAUAACAUGUACUACACGUUCACAUUGGGUCCGGCGCUCUUCGUCGCCAUCAACACUGAAGUCUACUUUGAGAUAGAAAUGAGUGAUUUAGAGGUCUCUCAGCAACAGAAGAAAUGGCUCCGACAGGUCCUCCGUGAGGCUAAUCUACCCGAGAAUAGGGCCCGACAUCCAUGGAUUAUAGUCUACGGACACAGACCUCUGUAUUGCACAGCACUCGCUGAAUGCAGGGAAGGCAUGACAUUCUUCAAGAGAGAGGGCAACGGCACUGUAGGCAGUCUUUACGACAUCGACGAUAUUCUCUAUGAGUUUGGAGUAGACCUCGCAUUCUGGGGUCACCAACACUAUUAUGAGCGCAUGUUUCCCGUCUAUAAUCAAACGGCUUACCGGAACUCAAUGUACGAAAACGCUUUUGUGAACCCGAGAGCAACUGUUCAUAUAGUUUCGGGAACGGGAGGUAUGGAAUCGAAAACUGAAGAAUUCAAUCCAACGCCAGCCCUUUGGUCGGCAUUCCGGUCGUCAGCUUAUGGUUACACAAGAUUUAGUGUUUUGAAUAAAACUCACCUAUACUUAGAGCAAAUAGAUGUAGAUCGGCGGUUCGACGAGUACUAUAUCACUCAAAUUGGACACAAAAAGCACACAAUAGCCUAA